GUUGUGUCGGCGAGAGGGAAGGCGCUUCGUUUGCUUGUGAAAAUAUAUUUUACGAUCACUGAUAUUUGGCAAACACUAAAACUGUGAUGUGUACGAAUAAUGGAGUGGACACGAACUCGCUCUGUUUUGGUUGAGUUGGGGAAUUUGUUGACUUGUGCGAUAUGGUAAAUAAGCGAUCGAUUACUCAAUUAAAAAAAUGCGGUUUGUUAAUAUGUUUGCUGGCGAGUUUUAAAAUGUUGUUUGCUAAAUGGUUAAUUUUUUUAAUUAUGGAAUUAUUUUUGUAGUAAAAGUUAUCUCAAAGAUCCAUGCACCUUGGAUAAUUGUGAUCAUAACUUUUGCAGGUAAUAUAAAUAUAAAUUUCAGUAUUAAAUGAGUGCUCCAGCCUGUAUAUAGAAGAAGGGGAUAGGUAUAUUGGGUUGGUAGGUUUAGGGAUAGGAUUUCCUUUUCAUGUUAAAUAGAGUAGGGCAGUUUUAUAGCUCCGGGAUUGUGGGAUUGCUUAGUAGACUUGAGACACUGCACUCUCCUCCGCAGAGGCGUUUUGUUAAAUAUGUGGGCUGUAUAGCCGGAAAAUAUAUGGAAUUUGGGCAAUUGGAUCCCCUGCGUUACAGCCUGUGUAUUAAAACACUUCUGCAGAGGAGAGAGCUCUGCACUCCUGUGAAAACAGUCAGUCAACAAGCUAUGGGUUUUCCCCUUACAGGGCUGCAAAUAAAUAUUUGACUUGACAGGACAUUUGUCCUAUCACUUUUAAUUUUGGUCGGACAUAACUUGAAUUUGGUCGGACAAAAACCAACACCACUAAAUUUGGUCGGACAUAUACAGUAUACGUCACAAGAUAUAUAUAAGUCACGAGACAAGUAUGUAUAGCCAUUCCGGCGCAAUGUUAGGUAAAAUGCUAGAAUGCCUCGUAAAUUUUAUUGCAAAAUGCAAAUUGAGUGAAUUUGCAAUCGGAUUUUGUCACAGCACAUGAAAAGAAAUGUAUAAUGUGACAAUUUUUUUGUGACCAAUGUCCGAUCAAAAUUACUUUUGCUCGGACAUUUGCCAAAUUUAGUGUAAUUUGCAGCCCUGCCAAUAGUAUGAAUGCAACUGAGAAGGGACAUAAAAAUAUUUUGCAGUUUUUUGGCAUACACCUUAUACUAAAUGGAAAGGGUGCACCCCCCACCAUGCUCAUUUUGCAUCUGAAUCAGUUGCCUAUUUCAUAACAAUUUCAAUGACAUGUGAUUGUUGUGAUUAUUUAUCUGUUGCCAUAUUAUAAUUAAAAUUUCUCAAUUUUGCAAAGAAGUAUAAUAUUAUUUGAUAUCAUGAUGGCAUUUUAGGUGAAAUACAUACUGUUAGUUCUGAUUGUGAAAUCAGGAGUAAUCUAUUACUUGGUGAAUAAAUUAAUUAUAUCAUAUUAAAUUAUAUCACUGUAAUUUAUCCAUGUUCAAAUUGUGUUGAAAAAAAUAGUGCAAUCAAAAUCAUCAAUGUCACUUCCAUAUUGGCUGUGAACAGCCUUACUUAAUAAUAUGCACAUUUCAAUGCAAUGCAUUAAUCCUGAGGGAGGGGGUAUGGGCAAGGGGUGGGGAUUUGCCUUGAACACCCAUUCUAUCUGUUGGGAUUUUGAACAUCAACAUUACCCCCCCUGCUCCCCCCCCCCAAAUAAUAUUUUUUAUUAUGAAAGAUGAUGGAAGGAAAUGAAUAAUCGUUUUAAGACAAAUAUUAUUUAUGAAAAUAGAAAAUGUAUUGAAGAAAGUUUGGGCAGUGAGUCAAAAUGUCCAGAAUGUGGUUUAUUUUCUUGGGUGAAAGACUUGAGAUUGAAUCAUCAGUUGGCAACGACUGUGAAUAUGACAUUGAAACUACAAUCACUCAUUGGUGUAAACAUGGAAGGUUUGUUGUACAUUCCCAGUUGGUGCAACUAGUUACUAGUAUUGGGUUGUUGUCAGAAAAUUUAACACUGAAUUACGCAAUUAAUAUUAAAAGACAUAUUUUUUACGUAGAUUAGGAAUUAAAAUGUUUCAGAAACAAAAUAUUUAUCUAGUUGGAAAGAACUUUUAAAACUUUAAUGGCUAAUGCAAGUUAUUGUCAAAUCACUUUUCCAAGUAUGUUUUCGUUUUUAAAAUAUUUCAGGUUUUUGUGAUGUAAAAAAAGUCUCAGUGUGGUAAAGUUAGGCCUGUUUCAAACGUCGCGCUUCUUAUGUGCCGAACGCAUUAAAAACAAUAGAUAAUCAGCUGAAAUGCCUUGAGCAUUAUCUAUUGACAAUUUAGAUAAUGCUCAAGGCAUUUCAGCUGAUUAUUCAGUUUCUAAUGCGUUCGGCACAUGAGAAGUGUGACGUUUGAAACAGACCUAAAGUUACCAGCAAACCUGGGUCAGAAGGUUGUGCGCAUUGUGAUUCAUACUUUCAUUUCGUAAAUAUAUCAAAGCCCGGAGUGGCUUGCCUUUGCCAAAUUUGUCUUUCUAGUUUCCGAGGCCUAUUUACUCACAAAAUUCUCCCAUUUACCCAAUUAAACCUACAGACAUGAAUUAUGAUUACUGUAAUUUUGGCUGUGAAAGCCCAUUUUCCACUUGGCGAAUUUGUUUGCGCGAACAGUAAAAAAAUAGAAACUAAUCCAACUAGUUUUCAUUGCCAAGAUUUGUUUUUCGCUUCGCGCGAACAAAGUCGCCUAUAGUGGAAAAUGGCCGAGCUUAAAGGCUCAUUUAAACGGUCCCAAAAAUGUUUCCCUGACGUCAUGCAAUAAUGUUGAAAACUUAAAAUAUGAUGGUUUAACUGCUUAUUUUUUUAAAUUUUUUAGAUGAAAUCGUAAGAUUUAUCCAAAUUGAAAAUCUGUGCUUUAAUAUAAAAUAUUUGCGAAUGAAAGUGUACACAUGUGACCGUUAUUUGAAAAUUGUCGGAUGGUGUUGGGCCAAUGUUGGGUCCGUUUGAACCGAAGCCUUAAUUGAGCAAGAAAAACGUUGCUUCGUGCUUUUAAGCUUAAAAGCUCUCUGUUGCGCACUGCCAGUUACGUUGCCUUAUAUAUGGAUCAAACAGACCCUAACUAGUUUCCUUAUACUAAUACUGCACAAGCAAAAUGAUCCAGUUUACAAUAAUUGUCUUCUCGGUGAGGACAUAUAGUAAUUAUUUCACCCAAUGUAUAAAAUAUACCGCAAAUCUUUAUUUUGUUCUAGUUGAAGAUUCUGAACCUCGGGUUCAAGGUGAUUCAGAGUCGUUGUCAGGAAAUACUUUCACUUUUUCUUCUGACAAAGAAAUGCCAGAUGAAAAUUGUAAUGAAGAACAGGGAUUAUUCAGUGGUAAUGAAUCGGUUAGUACCAUCAAAUCUGGCACCAACACUAAGGAAUCUGACAGUGAAGGAGAAACUAGACAAACUGUAAAUAUGACCCAACCUAGAACUAGCGUUAUAGAAUCUACUGGUUUGAGACAGCACACCAGGACAGCACAAACCACUACCAGUCCAGGUUUGAAACGAAAUUCGAGUAAUAGUGGAUCAACCAAAAAGAACAAGAAUAUGGCCAAGCAGCCAAAUAUCACAGUUCAGAAUACUAGAGAAUCCGACAGUGAAGCAAGCCACGGUAGUACAGCAGAAACCACCACAGAUCUUACAAAUUCAAAGCAACGUGGGAAUGCGAGAAAUUUAGCCAUAAAACACAACAAAAGGUCGAAGCAACCAUGUGUCACAUUUCCGAGACAUCCUACAGAUUCAGAGACCGACAGUGAGUCAAACCACGCUAGCACGCCAGAUGUCACAGCUGAGAGUGCAAAUGUAAAAUAUUGCAAUCUAAGAAAAUCAGCUAGAGGCAGAGGACAUAAAAAGAUUACCAAGCAGCCAAGUGUCACACUCCAGAAUGAUACGGAAUCUGCAGACAGCGUGACAAACGACGCUAGUAUAGUAGAAACCACGACAAAAAGUACAAAUGACAAACAGCAUACGAAUGUGAGAAAACGUGCAACCAGAAGGCACAAGAAGAUAACUACGCAGCCAAGUGUCCCAGUCCAGAGUACUAGAGAAUCCGACAGUGAAGCAAGCCACACUAGUACAGCAGAAACGACGACAUGUUUGAAACGUACGAAUAAAAGUGAACCAAACAGAAAACACAAUAACAAAACUAAGCAGGCAAGUGUUGCAGUACAGAAUGGUAGUACAGAAUCCGGCGGCGAGACAAACCACAGUAGUUCUGUUGCAACCACAACAGAAAAUACAAAUGCGAAACUAUGUUCGAAUGUAAAAAAAUCAACUACAGUCACCGAACAGCUCAAGAACACCAAACAGCGAACAAUCCUGAAUAGUGCUACAGAUACAGACUCCGAGACUGAGGCAAACAACGCUGGUACAGCAGCAAUUACAAAAGCUCGUACAAGUAUAAAAGAAAGUUCGAGUAAAAGUAGGUCAAAUACAAUCAGAACGCACAACAAUAUGACUAAGCAGCGGGCAUUCCUGAGUAAUAUUGCAGAAUCCGACAUUGAGACAAAGGAAGAAACCACAAAAGAAAGUACAAAUGCGAAGCAACAUACAAAUGUAAUAAAACCAGCCAGAGCAGGCAACAAGUUGAGCAAACAGCCAACUGUUAUGAAUAGUGCUGCAGAUACACAAUCCGAAAGUAAAGCAAUCAAUGCUAGUACAGCCGAAGCCACGUCCACAAAAGAGCAUAGCAACAUGAAACAGCGCUCGAAUGUAAGAAAUUUAGAUGCAUUCAGAGGAGGCAAAAAGAUGACCAAACAGCCUAGCAUAACAGAAGAAACAAGUACUCUAGAACCCAUGGAAACUGAACGUAUACACUUAAGAGAGACAACCGAAACAAAAACUACCAAAUCGUUACACAGGAAAAAGAAAAUCGUUACACAGGAAAGUAUUUCAAGCUCCAAAAGAGCAGACCGAAAAGUUUCAGGACAAAAUAUUCGCAAAACGUAUUUGUUCAGAAAUAAACAAAAUCCAAUUUCUAAAAUUAAUUCCAACUUGACUGGGGUUCCAUUUGAUUUCACACAACAAGAAGAUCCAUUCCACUUUAGCUUUACUGAAGAUCGUGAUAAUGAUAGCGGUAGUGAUGAUAAUGAUAAUCACGAUGAUGAUGAUCGUGAUUACGAAAAUUAUUAUGACAAUGAUGGUCACAAUAAUGAUGAAGAUCAUGAGAAUCGACUUGAUGAUGAUGAUGAUGAUCAUAGUAAUGAUGAUGGUGGUAAUAAACCACCACUAAGAUCAAUAUCUACCAAGAAUACAUUAACUCGAGGUCGCAAAACAAGAGGAGAGAAAUCAAAUUCAUUUGGGAUUGGACAUGACGAUGUAGAGAACAACAAAGGAAUACUGCAGAAUACCAGAUCUACAAACACGAGAUUGCGACACAAAAUAAAACGAUCUGUCACAGCUGAGCACACCGAAAAGAAAGUACAGUUUACACAUCUUAAAGACAGAUCUUCAAAUCACGACCAAAAUGACCAAGUUAGAGUCGAAAAAGAUAACAAGAAAACUUCAUCAAAUGGAUUGAAAUACGACCAAAAAGUUGUAGGUGAUGAAGAUAAAGAGAAUGUUAUAUUAAACAUAAAGAGAAGACGGGUUCGAGGAAAGAGAUAUAAUAUUCGUCAAUAUUUUAUCAACGUUGAUCGCGCAGAUACCCCUGAAAGCUCUUCAGAUGAUGGUAAGUAAACACUUUUAUAUACAAAGGCCUCAUUUAUUUUUCCAAAACACAACUUGAUUUGAAGCUUGCCCAAUUUCGUUUGUGAAUUAUGCUUCUCUAGUGCACACUUCGUAUUCCACUGUACAUCCCUUUUAACAAUUUGUUUUUGUUUAUUUCAAGCACCAGCGCCGCAAAAGAAAUCUCGAAAUCCAUCGAUAUCAUCUCAAAAUACUAGGAAAAACAUUACCUCAUCCCAGAAUUCACAGAGUGCUGGUGGGUCGUCUCAGAAAACUCGAAAUAAGAAAGGAGAAACGCCGUUGCACCUAGCCGCAAUCAAGGUCUAGAUUUUAUAAAAUACUUUUAGAAUAUUACCGACGUUUUUUGAUGUCUGCCUAAGACAAUCCCUUCUGCCCCUUCGCGUGAAAAUUUGACAAUGGUUCUUGUUUUACUUUUUCUAGGGAAAUCUAGCCUUAGCAAAUGAACUUAUCAAUGAAGGAGCAGAUCCUAACGUGAAAGAUCAUGCUGGAUGGACACCAUUAGUAAGAUACAUUUAACUAUUCAAUAACAAGAACAUACACUAGGUCGUCUUUUAAAAACAGCUGUUGUCAGGUCGUCUCUUUGUUAUCAGGUACCGACCUGAAAACAAUGAGCAAACUUUGCUAUGUUAGAUCAUAUGCCUCAAACAUCUCUGAUAUACUUAGGCAGGGAUGGAUUUACUGGGGGUGUGGUGUGGUGGGGGGGGGGAGGUGUGCACCCCCUAGCCCUGGCCAGGGGGGGUGCUAUUUUUCAUGAUAAAGCAAAAAAUUAUUAGAGACAAAAUGAGAUAUAGUAAUUUGAGUAAUAACAUGAUGAUAAGCGAACUGUGAACAACAAUUACAAUUCAAAUACAGUAGUCAAGCAAGACUUUGCAGUAGUGAAGCAAGUUGAUGGGCGGGCGGCACACAUGACCGACACAACUCGGCACCACAGCCAGCAGAGCACCCCCCCCCUACAGAUCAUGCUGGAUCCAUCCCUGUACUUAGGUACGAUCGUAGGGAGCACGGGUGUCUCGGUGUCUUCUACCACUGAGUUAAACCUGUUACUAUAGACCGAGCUAGGAUAGAGAAUUUAGUCUUAGGUUGGGUAUUGUGUACACUCGUAGAAUUUACUUGUUCGUUCUUGUGCUUCGAGGCAGUUGUUGAGCAUUUGUAUCACUAGCCUCUGGCAACUAAAUUAUACUAUCUUGAUUCUUACAAUUAAUUAUUAUGAUGUGUUUAUAUUAAUGUACUGAGCUUAGCUCCUGUUAGUUACGAAUUUAAACAUAUGGUGUAAAAUGUUCAUGGUACCAGUUUUCUUUGACGUAUUUUCCAUUUCAGCACGAAGCAUGCAACCACGGCCAUGUGGAUAUCGUCAAGUUAUUUUUAGACCAUGAUGCUUUAAUAAAUAUUCCUGGACUUGACAAUGACACACCACUUCACGAUGCGGUUGCAAAUGGUCGUUUGAAAGUUGUUAAACUUCUUGUGGCAAGAGGAGCUGUUUUAACAGCAAGGUAAAAAUACUAUUUCUAUUGUCUUGUUCAGAACAAUAGCAUUUAUUCGAAUGGGGUUCUUAUUUUUGGUAUAAUUCGGUUCCUUCUGUGGUAACAGGGGGGCUUCGGUGGCGCAGUUGUUAGGAUAAACACAAAGUAAUAUCACAAUUGCUGUAAAGAUAAAAAAUAAUCUAGGCUAAGUAUGUAAUUAGGUAAGUGUAUAAUACUUGAUGUAAAGCGCAUUUGAUCCACAUGUAAAUUUGCGCUUUAGAAAUGCUAAUCGUAAUCGAAAUAUUGGACUAAAGCCCCGAUCAAAUGAGGGCGAGGGUCCCAACUCCCGCUUGUGUUUGAUCGCCAACUCUCAUCAACUUUGAACUGGUCCAAAUUUUCUUUGCAAUUGAUGAGAUAUUUUGUUCUGCGCGGUAAUAUCCAGUCCACUCCCAUCAACUCUCGUGAAACUCUAGAAAACUCUCAGCAAAGUCUCGCUUCCCAACCCUCAUCAACUCUCGUGCAACUCUGGAAAACUCUCAGCAAAGUCUCGCUUCCAAACCCUCAUCAACUCUCAUCCUCGUUUGACCAGGGCUUAAUCAUGGUUAGUCCUCCCUCUAGCCACCUUUAUAGCCUCAUCCAAAGACAACUCAGUGGCCAAAGGUAGAAUUACGCAUUACUUAUAGAGAGAUAUGAUGGGGGUAACAUGAGAUCAUGAGGAUUAAUUGUGCAACGCCACGCUCCCGUACCACCCCUCAAUCUGCUAAAUAUUGCGUACAUUUCGCUCUUGUUUUGCACUUAGUUACCUGCGGAGGGGACUAGCCACCUUAGUCACUCCGACCUUCUUUUGAGGGCAAGAUAACGGUCGGAAAACAUAAAAUUGCAAAUUAUGUCAAACUUCAAUGCGUUCAGAUGUGGGAACAUUUGGUUGGAGUUAUUCGAAACACGUCUGCUCAGUACUCAACCUCGCAAGCCAGGAGCCUGGGAACGAGGUUGCUAAUAAAAGUGUUUUGGGUAAUGUUAAGAUUUCGUUUAUUUCCUACUUUGUCUACGGCGAUAUUAAAGUGUUUCAUAAAAGAUGCAAAUUUAUAGCUUUUCCUCAUUCUUAUUUUUGUUAUUUUCGUUUAUUUUUUUUAACUGCGUUUUUUUAUAUGACAUUCAUUAUACAAGUUUCGUUGAAACAAUUAUCAACGCUAAAAUCGUACGUUUUCCCCAGUAUAGCAGCUAUCGAGAUUAAAAUUUGAUGUUUUCUUUCAGAAAUAAACAAGGCUUAUUGCCAAUGGAUUAUGCCGUAACUAAGGCAAUGAAAGCUGCACUCACUCCCCGUGAUGUAUCUUCCAGUACAAAACCUUCAGAAAACUAUUGUAAUGACAAUGUAAAGGUAGGUUGAAAGGUUUUAAUAUAUAUGUGAAUAAAUGCAGACCCUGCUUCGGCUCAGUGACGUAGAUUGUUACAGUUUUCUUAGCACAAGGCUAAUUCCUUGUUAGGAAUUCUUUCCCUUACUAAGAAGUCUGGAUAUGACUAUCAUCACAUAUCCUCAUCUCCGCUUAUCAUGGAUUUUACCAUAAUUCUCUAUCAUUGAUCAUUAUUCUACUGCACUUUGUAGAUAUCGUCGGAGUCCUGUCGUCAAUCACAAGUUAUUUUGGGUACUGCACUCAAAACACAGGACCAAGUAAUUGCAGUAUUCAUUUUAUUUUGUACAGUAUACCAUACGUACCCAUAUGAUCGAAUGUUUAUUCCUAGUUCAUAUCGCUGAGUUUCCUUCUAUCUUUAAAAUGUGUAGGCCACAUUAAAGAUAUGCGUCAAGCAGCUUGGUGGGACACUCGUUGAUGAAUUUGACGAAUCAGGUUUGUACACAAAUAAAGUAAGCUUAACUAGCUUUGUCUAUAUCUUGUAGCUCUUUCAAGUCUAAACUUUUCUCCCUUGAGGUUCAGUAACGUCCAUCCUUUAUUGCUCCAGGGGCCGGUUCAAUGCUGGAUUCGCGCCAACCUUAGGUUAAAACUUAACCCGCUGUUUUGGUUUGUGUAUUUCUGCAUGUUUGUUUGUUUUGAAAUGUUUUAAAAUAAAAUUUAAAUUGAUCCAGACAUGAUUCCUGGAAAAAUGUCGCCAAGUUUAUGAGCAAGCUGUUGGAUACAUUACUUUGAAGUUUAUCGUAAACCCAGGACUAAGCUAACCGGCGUUCGAAUAAAUGGCUCCAGAGUAACAACAGAAAAAGCCAUUUGAAGCAUUUUUCUGACAUGAAAUUCUUAUCGGAAACUGCUAUAGCAGGAAUAGAACCCCAGUAGCAAAGUCGAAAGGCACGUACAGAAACAUCAAUGUUCUAUCAACAACCCUAAAGCAAACUUUUCACUUUGUUUCCCGCAAUAGUCAAUAGCCUUAGCUCUGCAUGUCACUCUAAUGCAACAAAUGUCGCAAUUUUCUUCACUGCAGUAACCCAUGUUGUAACAUCUGUGAAUGAAAACGGUCAAUGUCCAAGAACAAUCAAAUACUUGUGCGGGAUCUUAACUGGAAAAUGGAUUGUUAGUUUUGAGUGUAAGUAAUAUUGUGUUUCGUUGAAGACCCCAGUUACACGAUACCGGAUUCGCAUCGGAGCGAGUCGAGCGACAUCAACUAAGACGCUUUUCGGCCUCUUACAACUUUUCAUUUUUGAAGUUUUUGACUAAUUCUGUUAUAUUAUCAUAAUUUUGAGUGCUAAACUCCCCUUGAAACUGUAAAAUUUGAUGUCGCUCCGAACCCGGUACCGUGUAACUGGGGCCUAAGAGUCUCGUUUGUCCUCGACUCGUGUGCACUAGAGAUUUGCUAAUACAACAAUAUUGUAGGGAUCAAGGACAGUCUUCGGCAGCGACAAUGGUUAGAUGAAGAUGUUUAUGAAGUAGAAGGGACUGUAGGGAAGACGUGUAAUGCAGCAAGGAAAGCCAGAUUGAACAUCUUACAACAGGUAUGUAAUUUACCGCAUCUCUACUUCUAUUACUACUGAUUUUCCACUGCUUCCUUACAUUUCCAGUUCUUGUUUCUUUCUUCUAAAACAUUUUCAACCUAAGUGAUUUAUAUUAUUAGAUGCCUCGUCUAUUGGAUGGCUGUUCCUUUUUCCUCCGUGGAAUGUUCAAUCCUCCAACAGUCAGUAAACAAGAUCUUAUCAAGCUUAUCCAACUGGGCGGAGGCAAGCUGCUACACAGAGAACCUAAAGUUAGAGAUGAUGAUUUGACUUCAGUGCCGUCCAGUCCUAUUGUGACAUCACUAUCACGUGCACCGGAAGUGGCCUAUCAUGCUCCAGCUAAUUCCACACUGUCGUGUUGUACCGAGUUUAUUUUAUACGACUCAGUGUCAGGCGAUCAACCUAAAACCGUCUACUCCCCAGUUCUACGGACCGCACCUGUCACGUGGUUAAUGGAUUGUAUAUCAUCUUUUCAGUUCCUAGAUAUCCCGGAUGUAGAGAUAGUAUAUAUCCCGGAUGUAGAGAUGUAGAUAUCAGGAUAAGGUUACCUCACAAAGGUCCGCUUCCUUGGUUUCACUUGGUUGAAGGCCAUUUCCCUAACUGAGAAACGUUGUUGCAAACAUAGAGAUUAUAAAUAACACUAGAGGAGGCAUCGAGGUUAAAAAUUGGGAACGCAGCUAAUGGGGGGCAAAUUCAAGUCCCGGAUAUAAAAUCGUGUUCCUCACCAAUGGGAACAUGAAUACACAUCCGGGACUUGAAUUUGCCCCCCAAUAGCUGAGUUCCCUUUCUUUUUACUGAAUUAAGAUUACAAUGCCUCCUCUAGUGUCAUUUAUAAUCUCCAUGGUUGCAAACCUGAAAUCUUCAUGGUCCCAACCAGUGAGCUCCAUAUAUAUCUGGAGCGAGAACUCGAGUCCAAAAAGUGAAGCCAGCUUCGUGUUAACCGCGCAGACAAAAACAAUAGAAAGGGACUGGAACUGACGUCCAAUAGCUCCUUCAUCUUGCCAAGGAGUAUGCCCAAAAUUUCGUAUUUUAACAUCGAUUCAUUUCAAAGAAUAACACUGUAGUUUUAUGAACUGAUAACUUGUUUAGCGAUACGGUCGGUUAGAAAAAACUAGCUGAGAAAAAUGGUAUAAAAACUGUUUACGAACUUCAGAGCUAUUGGACGUCAAUGGCCGCCAUCUUGGCUUCACUUUUCUAAUUGGCCGAAUGACUGAAGUUCUUACUCCAGAUAUAUAUAGAGCUCACUGGUCCUAAAAAAUUGUUUCGAGAGUGCGAUUUUUAACUCCUAAACAUUGUUUUCUAAGCUUUCAACCUGUAUGUGUGGACAUGCCACAGUCAGUACUUGUUGUAACUAACCAAAUUACUCAAAAUAUUACUCUACAGGCAAAUGUAUCCCGGUUCACCCCAUCUACAGGAAAAUUGUUCACCUGCAGCUGUUGCUCUAGUUGUGUUAAAAGACUAAAUUGAUUCUGCAAAAUAGAAUAAAAUGAACAAGUCUUCAUAGGACUGUUAGAGGUUUUUAUUACCAUACUGUUGAUAUUUAAAAAUAGUUUAAGUGAAAUUGUUAAUUUGAAGUAAAGUUAAAAUACAGAGUACUGUUGUUUAACGAACCGUCAAAUUUGCGUUCCGAAUUCGUCCAAAUCUCCCACUAGGACAAUAUCCCUUUUGUAGUUUGACCGAAUAAUUGGGAAUAAUUACUCUCUUCUCCGCAGUCACCAUAAGUAUUUAGAAAUAACUUACACGAAGUGAUGGGCUGAUGGAAAGAAAUGUAAAGCCCCGGUGAUAAGUAGCAAAUGCCGAUAGUCUGCUGCACUUUUUUCUGGCUCCACGUUUACAGGAGACCAAGGAAGUGGAAGCGGGACGAAAAUUGAAAUAGCCUUGGCUAUGAAGCCUAGUUUUCGUGCUUUGAGAUAUUGAGCCACUCACAGCCUUUUAUCUUGUUACAAGUGGACACAUUUAAGCCAUUGCCGUUCAGAAUUCAUAUGUCUGCCCACAAAAUUUCCCCCUUUAACAGUUUACAAAAUUUCCCCCUUUAACAGUUUUUGUUUUAUUUUGUCAUUACAAUUUUAAGUGUUAAGAUAUUCCUGAAACCAUUAAAUUCAAUGUCGUGACAUAAACGAGGCUGUAUAACCAAGGUUAAUUUAAGUACUUUCAGGAAGGGGUCCAUUGUACAGCAUGUUCACAUGAGACAGAGUCGAAAUUUAAUUUCGCGUGUUUCGAAAUGCAAUCCACAUUCAAUGAUGCUAUCUUGUCUAUAGUUGUCAGUUAUUAGUGUUGUUCCAAAAUUCGGACUGGAAAUGGUCGGAUUGGUCUAGGAAGCGCUGACCUGCAAUCAGGCGAUCGCAUGUUUAGCUAGCGCUAGAAACAACACUGACCGACUCGUUUUACUCUCAUGUAAAUGAACCUUAGCGGUGUAGAGCCAAACAAAUUGGUCUGGCAAAUGAUUGAAAGGGGUAACUGUACACACCCUGUAGCAGGGCAACGUUAUGACAUAUCUUUAAAUAAGUUCUUCAUCCAUCCAAAGUCUGGUUCAUACAAUUGUUUCACAGUCUCGUCUUGCUGACGAUCUUUUGUUCUUUUCUUUUCCUCAACAUUUUCACUUGACUCUGCCUGUAGACUGCUGUCCAAUGCACUUGAGCCUGCAGUGUCUUCGUCUGACGUCGCCACAUCUUGACUGGUGUCCAUGACUGU